CUUGUCACUGCAAUCCCUACGGCACGGUGAAUCAGCAGACGAGCUGCAAUCAAGUGACUGGGCAGUGUGAGUGCCUGUCUCACGUCACCGGGAGGGACUGCAGUGCCUGUGAGCCUGGAUUCUUCAACCUCCAGAGUGGACGUGGCUGUGAGAGGUGUAACUGCCACGCGCUGGGCUCCACCAACGGGCAGUGUGACAUCCGGAGCGGGCAGUGCGAGUGCCAGCCCGGCGUCACCGGCCGGCACUGCGACCGCUGCGAGGGCAACCACUUUGGCUUUGGCUCUGAGGGCUGUAAACCCUGUGACUGUGACCCCGAGGGCUCGCGCUCGCUGCAGUGCCAGGAGAACGGGCACUGUGAGUGCAGGGAAGGCUUCGUGGGCAGCCGCUGCGACCAGUGCGAGGAGAACUACUUCUACAACCGCUCCUGGCCAGGCUGCCAGGAGUGCCCAGCCUGUUACAGGCUGGUGAAGGAUAAGGUGGCAGAGCAACGUGAGAGGCUGCAGGAGCUGGAAAAUCUUAUAGCAAACCUGGGUACAGGGGAUGAAGCUGUCACGGAUCAAGCCUUUGAAGAGAGGUUGAAGCAGGCAGAAAGAGAAGUUACAGAGUUGCUCCACGAAGCACAAAAGAGCAAAGACGUAGAUCAGGGCCUCAUGGAUCGUCUCAAAGACAUCAACAGCACACUAACAAGUCAGCUCAACAGGCUGAGGAACAUCCAGGGCACAGUGAGGGAGACAGAGAACCUGGCAGAGCAGGCCCGGGUGCGGGUGGAGGACACUGAGGACCUCAUCAGCUUAGCUUCAGAUCUGCUGGAGAAGGCAAAGGUGGCAGCUGAUAACGUGUCUAUUACACCUCCAGAUCAGAGUGGGGACCCCAACAACAUGACCCUGCUGGCAGAAGAGGCUCGGAAGCUGGCAGAAAGACACAAAAAAGAAGCUGAUGAGAUUGUUCGCAUAGCCAAGGCUGCAAAUGAUACUUCCACAGAAGCUUAUCAACUGCUGCUGAAGACUUUGGCUGGAGAAAACCAAACUGCAAUUGACAUUGAUGAGCUCAACCAUAAGUACAAUCAAGCAAGGAACAUUUCUCGAGACCUAGAGAAACAGGCCAACAAGGUGCUGGCAGAGGCAGAGGAGGCUGGAAACAGAGCCCUGCAGAUCUAUGCUAACCUUACCAGCCUGCCUACUGUGGAUUCCACGGGGCUGGAGAAUGAAGCAAAUAAGAUCAAGAAGGAAGCAGAGGAAUUGGAUCAGCUAAUUGCCAGGAAGCUGAAAGAUUAUGAGGGCUUGAGAGAAGACAUGAAAACAAAGGAGCAAGAAGUAAAGAACCUCUUGGAGAAAGGGAAGACAGAGCAGCAGACUGCAGACCAGCUCUUGGCUCGAGCAGAUGCAGCAAAAGCCUUGGCAGAAGAAGCUGCUCGGAAGGGCAAUGGCACACUCCAGGAGGCCAACACCAUUCUUAACAACCUGAAAGACUUUGAUAAGCGGGUGAACGACAACAAGACGGCGGCGGAGGAGGCCCUGAGGAGGAUCCCUGCCAUCACCCAGACCAUCGAGGAGGCCAACAACAAGACGCGCCAGGCGGAGCAGGCACUGGGCAAUGCUGCUGCUGACGCCCGUGACGCCAAGGCCAGGGCAGCUGAUGCUGAGAAAAUUGCCACUUCUGUGCAGAAGAGUGCUGCUGCUGCCAGAGCUGAGGCUGACAAGACUUCUGCUGAUGUGACACGGCUGGCCGGGGAGGUGAGUGGCAUGAUGAACCAACUCCAGGAUGCAGAAGAAGAGCUGAGGGAGAAGCAGAAGAAUGCUAAGGAGGAUAUGGAGGACGCAGAGGAGGCCUCACGGGCUGCCCAGGAGGCAGAAGACAAUGCAAGAAAAGCAAAGAACUCUGUGAACAGUCUACUCGCUGUCAUUAAUGGCCUGCUGGAUCAAUUAGGGCAACUGGAGACAGUGGACUUGAACAAACUGAAUGAAAUCGAGGGUACCCUGAACAGUACCAAAGACCAGAUGAGAGAUAGCAACCUGGACCAGAAAGUGUCUUUCCUGGAGAACGAAGCCAGGAAGCAAGACGAUGCGAUACAGGCCUACAACAGGGACAUUGAAGAGAUCCUGAAGGACAUUAGCAACCUGGAGGACAUCAAGAAGACCUUGCCAACUGGCUGUUUCAACACCCCGUCCAUUGAGAAGCCCUAAGGGUGUGCUGGGGGUGGGGGGUAUUCCCCCAGGGGUAUCCACUCCCUGGGGAGAGCGGUGGUUCGGCCACGGAGUGCCUUAACACACAUUACCUUCUUCAGAUCCCCAACUCUUCGCUGCUCACAGCCACUGUUUUCUUUUCAAAUCAGGAUAAGUUGAAAGAUUUUUUUUUUAUUAUUAUUAUUUUUAUUUUUUUUUCGAGAAGCAAAUUAAAUAUCCGUCUUUGGGCAUCAAAGGGGUUUUUUAUAUAGAUUGUUUUCCUGAGCACUCCGCCUUUGCCCCUUCCUCAGACACAGUUUCCCUUUGAUUAGUGCAAGGAUGAGAGAUGCUCUGGACUCUUUAUACUGUGGUUCAGAAAUAAGCAUGUGAGCUGUAUACAGCAAGGCAAAACUAACCUGACUUUCUCUCCU